CAGUCCUGUGCCCCGGAAGCAGUUUUUUGGGGACGUGAGGCACCUAACGGAGGCUGCAGGGGUGCUGUCACCAUGUUCCUGUCCGCUGUCUCCUUUGCCAAGAGCAAGUCAAAGAACAUUCUGGUGAGAAUGGUAAGCCAAGCUGGGACGGGUUACUCUUUCAACGCUAAGAGAAGCCGACUGGGGGAGAAACUGACUCUACUACAUUAUGAUCCAUUUGUGAAAACAAAAGUCCUCUUUGUGGAACAGAAAAAAAUACGCUCCCUCUAAACAAUGGAUUGAAAAUGAAUUUGAUUUAUAAAUGAGAAGACUGAGGGUGGGAUCCUGAUUCAGAACUUCUACAGCAUGUAAUGAAAGGAGAGGAAAUGACACGGAACCACUGCCUCCUGUGAUUUGAAGGCCAUUGUGAAGGAGAACAAUGCGGUGAAAGAGAGUUCUUCAUAUUAGGACAUAUAUCACUGUAUCACAUUUAUUUAUCUUUCUGGGUAUUUUUAUGGCCCUUAAUAAAAAAAUAUUAAAAUAG